AUGAUAGUUUUGAGUUACACCCUUGUGUCUAAAAAGAAGCACCAUGACUCCACUGUCUAUACCAUCCAUAUGACCUCACUGAAGUGGUUGGACGAUUCUGAAGUGGAUAAAACAAUCUGGUGGCACAUGGUGACCAUUGCUGCACCCAAAGUAUAUAAGAAUGCACAGAUGAAGAAGUCAUGUUUCCUUUUGCUUGCUGGUGGAAGUAAUGACAAUCCAGAAGAACCUGCGGAAUACUCUGCUAAUCAAAUUAGAACUCUAGCAGUCACAACUGGAUCCUUUCAGAGGAGAGGUAGUGAUGCAGGACAAUCAUUUUGGACCCCAAAGAAGUUCAUGAUGGAAACUUUCUGUGCCACUGCAGUAGACUGUAUGGCCUGCAGCAGUGCAGAAGAGCAGAAACAUCCUUUUGGGAUGAAGAAUAUAACAGAAAAUAGUUUAUUUGCGUAUAUUUUAUGGAGAUUUAUUAAUGACCCAACUGCUUCACUGGACUGUAUCAUCCAAUUCCCAAUGGUCAAGGCCACUGUACGAGCCAUGGACACAGUUACAGAUUUCUUGGUGAAACAGACUGGUGGAAAUGUAAAACUCACCAAAUUUAUGCUACUAGGCUCAUCCAAGCGUGGAUGGAUUGCUUGGCUGACUGCAGCCGUUGACAAGCGUGUGGUGUCAUUUGUCUCAGUCGUUAUGGACAUCCUGAAUUUGGCUAAGAGUUUACAUCACCAGUACAGAUCAUAUUGUGGCUGGAGUUUCGCACUGGCGCCUUUCUACUUCCUCAAUAUUACUCAACAGAUCGACCAUCCCCGUUUUGAACUUAUUGCUUCAAAUAUCGACCCUUUGAAAUAUAAUAAUCAUUAUAUAAACACAACAAAGUAUCUACUUGUGGCAUCAGGAGAUGAAGUGGGCCAGGCUGACAAUUCUUAUUAUUAUUUUAAUCAGCUACAAGGAGAGAAAUAUCUCAGGAUCAUGCCAAAUAAGAACCAUGACUUAGGUUUCCAUAACGACAGUAUUGGAGUUCCAACUGCCACUUUUUACACUAAUCACCAUGCAGAUCAACAGCAUCCAGAGGCUACAUAUUCCAGCUCUACGGAUUCCCGUGAAAAAUUAAUAAUAACAUCCGAACUUCACAUAAUCCCAGAAACCUUUCCAUGCGAGGACUGUGUCGGAGAAGGGUGCUAUAGCAAGCUGGUCUGAGGACAUUCAACUAAAAUGGAAGAGGCCUUUGAAUGAUCAAAAAGAAGACUCAGAAAAGGGUUAGUCAUCCAAUUGCUGGAAUAACUUAGAAGAGGAAAUGAGCAGUGUGUCCUUCCAGAUACUGCUGGAUCAGUAAUCUUCAGUUAUCUCUAGAACACGGCUUCCCCAUCUUUAGCAUAGGUGGUCUGACUCACAUAUUUUGCAAUAAAUAAAGCAACCU